UUGUAUGCUUUAAAUGUAUUAAUAAUAUUGUGAUAGAAAUUAGUAAAUAAAUGUUGUAUUCAUUGAUUCAUAUGAUAUGUAUUGAUGUGAUCCGUGACGAGUGUUACGAGUAAUUGUGGUUUGGAUCAGAUCGUUGAUAACUGUGAUAAUGAUGGAGGACUUGGUUAAGACAUUGGUGGCCAAGUCAUACCCGGACCCGGAGUACAAAAUCAACAAAAAGGCGUUUGAAUUGAAUUUAUUGUCGCCGAGUGGUGGCCAACACGGCUUUAUGGGCAACAUUACGUUCAGUUCAAUAUUCCCGACUCAGGCCGUUAUGAUUAACUGGCAUUCGGUGAACGGGUUGACACAAAUGAAGAAGCAAUGGUUAAUCGAUGCAGUGGUCACUCAUAACGUUAAACUUAAGCUUAAUUUACAAAACCAUUUGACAGCUAUGACUGCAAUCACACGAAUCGAUAUCUCAAACAAUCAUUUAAAACAAAUACCGUUUUGUUUGUUUCAAAUGCCAUCACUAGUAGUCAUGAAUUUAUCACAAAACCAGUUGCAAACACUUCCCGAAACUGAUGACCAACUGCUGUCACCACUUGAAACCAAAUUGGGUGCAAAUCGUCUUAGAAAAUCUCGAAGCUAUUCUUCGUCUCUUACGUCUCACAACUGUUCAAUCAAUGGUUGGUCACUGCCGUCAUUGCAAGAAUUACAUCUUCAGGAUAAUUGCUUGGAAUGCAUCCCGAAGUGUGUGUUUGAAUUGCCAUCACUUGUAUUGAUUGAUCUGUCAAACAAUAAACUUCAUUCACUUCCGUAUGCCUUUUGGACGGCCUCUAAAUUACGUGAAAUCAAUCUCUCACUCAACUUAUUACGUGAUCUUCCUAUUCGUGUCAAUACAAGUCCUAUCAGUUUAUCUCCAAAACAUCGAAAUUUUAAUCCUAUUGAAAGCCAAAUAAUAAAAGAGAAAACCAAAGAUAUUAGUAAACAAAUGUCUGAAACUAAUUGUGUUAUUAGCGAAACAUUAGUUGAAAAGGAGUUGAGUCAUGUGAAUCUCUGGAGUAAGUCUAUUGAAGUGAUGGCUGUGGCACAUAAUGAUGAAGAAUCAGACAAUCGACAAAUUUGUAAUUUAGUUUCACUUAAUUUAUCUCAUAAUGGUUUUCAACGAAUCCCACCGAUGCUCUCCUGUCUGGCCAUAAGCCUAACGAGACUUAACAUGAGUUAUAAUUGUCUUCAAUCACUUGAUUCAAUUAAGUCAUAUCCAGUUAAUAUAAAACACUUAGAUUUAUCUCAUAAUCAAAUAUCUGAAUGGUUUCAUCAUUCAGAUAAUGACUGUAAUAGUUGUGAAUUAAUUUCGUGUUACUGUGAUUUGGAUUCACCUCCGAGUUCAAUGAAAUCAAGUAUUACAUCACUUAAAUCAAGUGUCACAUCACUCAAAACAAAUUAUUUUUGUGUUCACAGACAACACAAUCGUUUAGAUAAUUUAAGAACUCUUAUAUUAUCAAACAAUAAAUUAACUCAAAUUGUGAUCAAUUGUGAAGACAAAGAUGCAAUAAAUGAUGAAUUUGAAAAUUUAGACGAAAAUAAUCAUUUAAUUAAAGGUCUCAGAUAUAAUAAAUUGCUUUUUGCCAAUCUUUCAAUGCUUGAUGUGUCAAAUAAUUAUAUAACUGAGAUAUGCACUCAUAUCAGUGAUUUGUCUAAUUUGUCGGUUUUAAACAUUUCGGGAAAUAAAGAUAUUUGUUAUUUACCGCCAGAAAUGGGAUUAUUAAGUAAAUUAUGGAAUUUAAAUACAAAAGGUUGUAAUUUAAGCGAACCAUUAAAGACUAUGAUUGAGAGUAAAAAGUAUAAAACAAUGGAUAUAAUUGGAUAUUUAAAAUCAAUUCUAGAAAAUUCCAAACCUUACGCCAGAAUGAAGUUAAUGAUUGUCGGCUUUCAAGGAAUUGGUAAGACAUCUCUGAUAGAACUGUUAAGACAAGAGGGAACCGGUACUUAUAAACGGAAGCCUCCCGAGCAUUGGGGUAAAAGAAUGGGCAAUAAGAACUUUAAUAUGAAAACUCCACGAGGAGUCACCAUAUCAACAGUUGGUGUGGAUGUGUGUGACUGGACUUAUGAGAAGAGAAUCCGCGGACAGCCAUCAUUUGGUUCGGUAUCAUUCAGGACCUGGGAUUUUGGCGGUCAAAGAGAAUAUUAUGCAACUCAUCAGUAUUUUCUUUCUAAAAGAUCUUUAUAUUUAGUCGUUUGGAAAAUAAUAGACGGAGAGAGAGGUAUUGACGGUAUAUUCCAAUGGUUGGUCAACAUUCAAGCCCGAGCUCCUAAUUCACCCGUCAUUAUUGUUGGCACUCAUUAUGAUUUGAUUAAAGAAUAUUUCCCUCCAUUUUAUGCCGAAGAGCUUCAACAGAAUAUAAGACAACGAUUUAUUAAUGUCGUCGACCCGGAUAAGUGUGGUCUUCCUCGAGUGAUUGAUUCAAUUGAAAUCAGUAUCAAAACCAAACAUAAUAUUAAAAUUUUGCGAACUCUCAUAUAUGAUACUGUAUUUGAAUUGCGUUGUCCCGGAAGUAAAGAACGACUACUCGAGCAGAAAAUUCCGGCCACUUAUUUGGCUCUCGAGGAUGUCGUCUCUUAUUUAGCUUAUGAAAGAAAACAAGAAGGAAAAGAUCCAGUACUGCGAUCAGAACAAUACAAGACAGCUGUUAUCGGAGAAAUGAUGAAUAGAUAUGGUAUGACAUUCCGUGAUAUGUCUGAACUGCAUUCGGCCACUAUUUUUCUACAUGAAAAUGGAGUUCUUCUUCAUUAUGAUGAUUCAAAUCUUAAAGACAUAUAUUUUUUGGACCCUCAAUGGCUUUUCGAUGUAUUAGCACAUGUAGUGACCAUUCGUGAGAUUAAUCCAUACGCUCAAAACGGUCUCAUGAAGAUUGAAGACUUGAAACAUUUGUUGAAAUUAUCUAAUUGUGCUCCAAGUGAUGCUCAAACAUAUCUAUUAAAUUUAUUAAACAAGUUUGAAGUGGCCGUCACGUGGGAUACUCGUAAUCUACUCAUCCCUUCUCUAUUACACGGAGAAGAACAACUUCGCGCUGGACUUUCCGGUUGUGAUGUCAGAAUUCCUGUUCGGUCUCGAGGUUGGGCUCUAAGAAAUAAAGAUGUUUUGUCUCCAAAUGCCAUAAAAUUUCAUUUUCAACCGCAAUCACUGUUUGAAACACCAAAAUCAUGUUCUUUAGUAUCUGUUGAUGACAUCAAAGUGAAUGUAUCAGAAGAUACUGAAUUGUCUGCCAAUCAUCAAAUUCAAUGCAAUGUUAAUGUAUUUAGUCGACCAACACAUUCAAUACAUAGACUUCUUGUGAUGACGUAUUUUCCGAGUGGAUUUUGGUCAAGACUUAUGGCACGUAUUUUAGGCGAUGAAUCAAUUAUAGAGAUAAUUAGAUCAUAUUUUAGGAUACCUUCAACUGCACAAACAGAUCCCAUUUUACUUUCAUUUUUGAAUACAAAAGCCGAAUGGCUUUGUUGGCAAACAGGAAUGGCUUUAAAACAUUUCAAUACAUAUUUGGUUCGUGUCAAAGAAGUCUUCUCGCAUCUGCCUCUGAGUCCAUAUGAUUACUAUAACAUGAAAUUUUUGAUUAGAAUGGAUGGCCAGUGGAGAGACAUUCAGAUUAUUAAAUCAUCAUUACUUGAAAUAUAUUUACCGAACCAUAGCUUACUUGUUGAGACCUGUGAUGUUGAGGGCGUCAGUAAAUUCUAUACAAUAGAACCGAAUCAAGAAAUGGUAGCAAAAUUAUUGGUGAUAAUAGUUGAACACAUGGAUACUUUACUUGAAGACUGGUAUCCAACACUUGGCACACGUUUUGUUCACACAUCAGAAGGCAAAUUUUUAGUCACCCGAUUAGUUCCGUGUACUUCAUGUCUUAUAAGUCAUAAUUCAUCUUUAAAUCAGAAUAAAAAUUCACCAAAACAUCGUUCAAAUUUAUCUUUAAAUCACUUACAAUCUCCUAUUGAUACUGAAUGGCAAAAGAUUGAUUUACCUAAUGAUGGUACCAAAAGAAGUAUAUCUUCCGAUUCACCGGAUAGUGGUAUGGAUUGUGAUUCACGUGAUUCAAGUCAAUUCUCUUCAGUUGAAUGUUUCCAAAAAGAUAUUCAAAGCUGUGAUAAAAAUGCUAGUAUUUGUGAACAACAAGUUGUUUAUGCAUUUCUUGUUGAAGAAUGCAUUUUAGCUGUUUAUCAACAAAAGACAGUCAUUUGUCCGAUUCAUUCCAAACUCGUGAUGCAAACCAUAGCACCCGACACAGUCUUUUCUGAUCUUGGAGAUCACUAUCUAAUAAAACCCGAUAAAAUAAGACACGGAAAACUGUUAGGACGGGGAGCUUUCGGUUUUGUCUUUAGAGCCGGAAUUAAAGAUACAGAUAAUAAUCAAGUAAUAUGUGUGGCAAUGAAAAUGUUACAACCAAUUGAUCCGGGAUAUGGAGCACGUAAUUCUCAUUUGGCAGCUUUUAAAGCAGCAAAUAGCCGAUGGGAAAGGGAUCCCAUGCAAUAUGCCUGUAAAGCUUACUGUACUGCUCGACAAGAACUCCAUAUCCUUAUGAAUUUAAAACAUCCAAAUAUUGUACCAUUAGUUGGAUUGUGUACUAAACCUUUGUCUCUUAUUCUUCAUUUGGCUGCCAUGGGAUCACUUGAUGAUAUAAUUAAGAACUAUCGGCGCUCAGGGACUCAAUUUAAUGUAAUAGUUGUCCAAAAAAUAAUACUUCAAAUCGCAAAAGCUUUGGAAUAUUUACAUCGACAGCAUAUUAUAUAUCGUGAUCUUAAAUCAGAGAAUGUUUUGGUUUGGGAAAUACCCCAACCUUUUGAACAAAUUCAUCCCUUUGAAGGUCCAAAAGUUGAUAUAAAACUCGCUGAUUAUGGCAUUAGUAGGCCAUCACUUCCUACUGGAACUAAAGGCUUUGGUGGAACCGAAGGAUUUAUGGCACCAGAAAUUAUGCGAUAUAAUGGUGAAGAGGAAUAUACUGAAAAAGUUGAUUGCUUUUCAUUUGCAAUGUUUUUAUAUGAAUUGCUUACACUUCGAUUACCUUUUGAGAACCAUGAGUGUGUUAAAGAGCACAUCCUUGAAGGUGGACGACCAUCACUUACACAAAGAGACUUAUUAUAUCCCAGUUAUUUCAUUGAUUUAAUGACGUUGUGUUGGGCACAACAACCUAGAGAUAGACCAUCAAUCAGUCAAAUUGUAUCGAUAAUAUCCGCCCCAGAAUUUACUCACUUAUUGGAUGUAAUAGCUUUGAAUGAGAAUUAUGCUGUUUUGAGUGCCAAUGGAGUCGACAAUUGUAAUCAAUUACAAGUUAUAUUAUCGAGAAUUGGAAAACAAACAGAUCUUAUAUCGAGUAACGGUUUGUGUUGGACUCAAUACCAGACAAUCAAAUCAUUGGAAAGUAUAACAGUUAUGAGUGUAUGUCUGGUUAACGAUCAACUCUGGUUCGGUGAUUCAAAGACUACUAUUUAUAUCUAUUCAAUCGACACAUUUGAACAAAAAACUCAAAUUAAGUUAGAACUGGAAGACAAUACACCAACCGCUAUCCGAUGCAUGUGUUAUGUGAAUGACAUUAGACAAGUAGCCAUUUCCAGCAGCAGUGGCCGACUCUGGUUAUGUACUGUUGAUGAACAUCGAUUUAAAGAGAUCGGCAAUAAUGGCAUAGCGUUUUUGUGUGUGACUAAUGUUGAUUAUAAUGAUUAUAAUGAAUCAAAUGAUUGUGAGCUAUGGUGUGGACAGUCUGAAGGCAAUAUCGCUAUAAUUACAUUAUCAGAAUCUCACGUAAAAUCAUUUCAUGUGGUCAGUCAUUAUGACGACGAUAGCACCGACUGUAGAAUACCCAUUAGUGAACGUUAUGAUGUCUUUCAAAUUAUAGCAAUGAGUCGUUAUGUUUGGACCUAUUUAUAUCCAGGUUGUAUUAUAUGGCAAUGGGAUGUCCAUAAGCGGUCUAUUCUGACCAAACUUGACUGUUCCAAACUGGCGCCCUGUUCUGAGAGCUUGAUGUCCAUUAGUAUUGAAGAACAUCUAAAUCCUGGAAGUUGUCGAGUGAGUGCAAUGACAAUAGAUGAAGAUCGCUAUGAGUUAUAUUUAGGCACCACUUGGGGAUGUAUUAUAAUAGUUGAGGCAAAGACUAUGCGACCAAUAACUGUGUUUAGACCCUAUGAAGAGGAAGUUAAGGCAAUAAUUAGCUUUAAACCAUAUAAACCUAUUUGCAAGUCAUCUAUUGGUUCUAUUGAGUCUUUGGAUGAGACAACUGGUGGCAGCCGUGCCAUCGCUACCAUUGGUAAAGGUUAUCGAAGUCUUUUGAAUCGUUUUCUAAAUUUAGAUAAAACCAAAACUGUAACUCAAAGAGGUCUUCAUUCUAUUCUUUGGUCAGCAAAUGAUUGGAAUAUUAAUUGAUUUCUUAAAUGUGAUUAUUUGACAAUUUUUUGUU